GAGAGGAGAAGAGAGAAAGAGAGAAGAGGAAGAGAAGAGGAGAAGAGAGAGGAGGAGAGAAGAGAAGAGAAGAGAAGAGAAGAGAGAAGAGAAGAGGAGAGAGAAGAGAAGAGGAGAGAGAAGAGAAAGAGAAGAGAAGAGGAGAGAAGAAGAGAAAGAGAAGAGAAGAGGAGAAGAGAAGAGGAAAGAGAAGAGGAGAGAAGAGGAGAGAAGAGAGGAGAGGAGAAAGAGAAGAGGAAGAGAGAAGAGGAGAGAAGAGAAGAGAGAGAGAAGAGGAGAGGAGAGGAGAGAGAGAAGAAGAGAAAAGAGAGAGAAGAGAAAGAAGAGGAGGGAGAAGAGGAGGGAGAAGAGGAGAGAAGAGGAGGGAGAAGAGGAGAGAAGAGAGAGGAGGGAGAAGAGGAGAAGAGAAGAGAGGAAGAGAAGAGGAGAGAGAGAAGAGAAGAGGAGAGGAGAGGAGAGAGAGGAGAAGAGAGAGAAGAGAAGAGAGAAGAGGAAAAGAGGAGAGAGAGAGGAGAAGAGAAGAGAAGAGAAGAGGAGAGGAGAGGAAGAGAAAGAGAAGAGAGAGAAGAGGAGAGGAAAGAGAAGAGAAGAGGAGAAGAGAGAGGAGAGGAGGAGAGGAGAGAAGAGAAGAGAAGAGGAGAGGAGAAAAGAAGAAGAGAGAGAAGAGAAGAGAGAAGAGAAGAGGAGAGGAGAGAAGAGAGGAGAGAUGAGAGAGGAGAGGAGAAAAGAGAAGAGAGAGGAGAGGAGAGAAGAGCGGAGAGGAGAGAGAGGAAGAGAGGAGAAGAGGACAGAGGAGAGAAAGAGAGAGGAGAGGAGAGAAAAGAAGAGAGAGAAGAGGAGAGAGGAAAGAGAAGAGAGAGGGAGAAAAGAAGAGGAAAAAGGAGAAGAGAGAGAAAAGAGAGGAGAGGAGAGGAGAGAAGAGGAGAGAAGAGGAGGAGAGAAGAGAGGAGAGGAGAGAGAGAGAGAAGAGGAAAAGAAGAGAAGAGGAGAGAAGAGGAGAGGAGAAGAGGAGAAGAGGAGAGGAGAAAAGAAGGGAGAAGAGAAGAGAAGAGAGAGGAGAGAGAGGAGAGGAGAGGAGGAGAAGAGGAGAGGAAAAGAGGAGAGGAGAAGAGAAGAGAAGAGAAGAGAAGAGAGGAGAGGAAAGAAGAGAGAAAGGAGGAGGAGAGGAGGAAAGAGGAGAGAAGAGAGAGAAGAGAAGAGAAGAGGAGAGAGGAAGAGAAGAGGAAGAGAGAGGAGGAGAGAAGAGAAGAGAACAGAAGAGAAGAGAAGAGGAGAGAGAGAAGAGGAGAGAGAGAAGAGAGAAGAGAAGAGGAAGAGGAGAAGAGAGGAGAGAGGAAGAAGAGAAGAGAAGAGAAGAGAAGAGAGAGGAGAGAGGAGAAGAGGAGAGAAGAGAAGAGAGAGGAGAAAGAGAAGAGAAGAGAAGAGAAGAGGAGAGAGAAGAGAAGAGAGAGGAGGAGAAGAGAAGAGAAGAGAGGAGAGGAGAGGAGAGAAGAGGAGAAAGAAAGAGAAGAGAAGAGGAGAGAA